UGAUCAGCCCAGUCAUGUGACGUGACUACAAGACAUCUGCUUCAACUUUAACGGAUGGUGUUGCAAUGGUGGCUCAAUGCAGAAAAGGGCUCCUUCUGCGUUUGGCUUUUAUUAAUGCAGUAUGGGGUGUUUGUCGCGCGCUAAGCGGCGGGAUGCUCUACCCUAGGGAAACGCCGUCGCGGGAGAUUAAGGAGCUGAAUGGGUUAUGGAGCUUCAGGGCUGAUUUUUCUCCCAGCAGAGACAUUGGCUUUAAACAGGCAUGGUUCAAGAGCCCUUUGUCACAGACAGGUCCUGUGAUCGAUAUGCCCGUGCCUGCCAGCUUUAAUGACAUUACCCAGGAUGCUCAGCUGAGGGACUUCAUCGGGUGGGUGUGGUAUGAGCGGGAGCUGUGGGUCCCCAGGCGCUGGCUGUCUGAUGAGGGGCUGAGGGUCGUGCUGAGGUUGGGCAGUGUGCACUACUACUCUGUGGUUUGGGUAAACGGAGCUAAAGUGAUGGAGCAUGAGGGCGGCCAUCUUCCCUUUGAAGCGGACAUCAGUGACGUGCUCCGGAAGGACCCGGCCGUGUCCUGCAGGAUCACCAUCGCCGUGAACAACACUCUGACACUGCAGACAUUACCGCCCGGCACCAUCCAGUACAUGAGCGACCCUGAGAGGUAUCCAAUGGGAUAUUUUGUGCAGAACACAAACUUUGAUUUCUUUAACUAUGCUGGGAUACACCGUCCCGUGUUGCUGUACACGACUCCGAAGGCACACAUCGAUGACAUCACAGUGCACACCAGCUUUGCUGACAAUAUCGGGAUUAUAGACUACCAGAUCUCCAUCCUUGGGAGUCCAAACCCAAAAGUAACUGUAAUGCUGGCAGACAAGGAGGGCCGCUGUGUGGCCAAUUCCACUGGAGUAUCAGGGACCAUCAAAGUGCUGGACGUCAACCUCUGGUGGCCCUAUCUGAUGCAUGAAAACCCCGGGUAUCAGUACUCCCUGGAGGUGCACAUGAAGGCAGAGGGCCAUGACUCACUGUAUGAGGACUUCUACUCCCUGCCUGUCGGCGUCCGCACAGUUCAGGUGACCAAGAGCCAGUUCCUCAUCAACAACAAGCCCUUCUACUUCCACGGAGUGAAUAAGCAUGAGGACGCUGAUAUACGAGGGAAGGGUCUGGACUGGCCCUUGCUGGUGAAGGAUUUCAACCUCCUCAAAUGGCUGGGCGCUAACUCCUUCCGGACAAGCCACUACCCAUACGCCGAGGAGGUCCUGCAGAUGUGUGACCGCCACGGCAUCGUGGUCAUAGACGAGUGUCCUGGUGUGGGCAUCAAAGAUAUACGCAGCUUUGGAAACGCUUCUCUUGCCCACCAUCUAGUGGUGAUGGAGGAACUGGUGAGGAGAGACAAAAACCACGCCUCCGUGGUCAUGUGGUCUGUGGCCAAUGAACCAGCUGCUGAACUGUCCCCAGCCAGCUACUAUUUCAAGACGCUGAUCUCGCACACCAAAGCUCUGGACCCCGUGCGACCCGUCACCUUCGUCUCGAACAGCAACUUUGAAAGGGACAAGGGGGCUCCAUAUGUGGAUGUCAUCUGUGUGAACAGUUACUUCUCCUGGUACCACGACCCGGGACACUUGGAGGUGAUUCCCAUCCAGCUCAGAAGCCAGUUUGAGAACUGGUACAGGAAGUACGAGAAGCCCAUCAUCCAGAGCGAGUAUGGCGCGGAUGCCGUUCCAGGCCUGCAUGCAGACCCCCCCAUGAUGUUCACAGAGGAGUACCAGAAGACAGUCCUGCAAAACUACCACGAAGUGUUUGACGAGAAGCGGAAGGGUUACGUCGUCGGAGAGUUGAUCUGGAACUUUGCAGAUUUUAUGACGGCGCAGUCUAUCACCCGUGUGGUUGGCAACAAGAAGGGCAUCUUCAGUCGCCAGCGGCAGCCCAAAGCAGGGGCGUUUUUGCUGAAGGAGCGUUACUGGAGGUUGGCCAAUGAGACAGGGGUCCUCCCACCCUGGACCAGAUACCCCUGCCACUGAGGUCAUCAGUCACCCCACCAGUGCCUUCUCUGACCCAGACAUGCUGGAGGACAAUUUCUACCAGUUAAUUAGUCACUUCUCUUCGAAUAGGGAACCAACCUACUACACUUAAAAAUGGGAAUGCGUAUGGCAAUUCUUACGAAUACAGAUAUAACCCCCCCCAUCAUGAGUGCCCCAUUGGGCAAAUGAACAGGGACCCCCACGGACUUAUUACUGUGGAGCUAAAAUUUUUUAUGAUGGACAAUUAAGUGAUUUAAGGAUCUCAGGGACAACAUGGGCUUUUUAUUUUUAAAAACAGAUUUCUAUGUGUAUACAUGUUGGAAUGUGUCUAAAGUCAACAUUUAACUAAUCCAUCGUACCACAGAGAUGGAGGUAGCCUUCUCGUGUCAAGGCCUCCGCUUUGUUUUCUCUUGGAACUCAAGCAAGUUAAACUAUUGCUGAAAACAUUCGAAGGCCAGGCCUGUCUUGGCCUUGGCAUGUAAAACUGUGAGCAUUUUAUGGUUUAUUCACACUAGGCGAUCUGUACUGUGCCUGAGCAGGUUCCCCCCCCCGGAGUCCAGUUCGUAUGACUAGUGUGCUCUCUCUGGACGCAGACCACGCCCAGGCACGCUUGAAGAGGUGGACACGGUACCCAUCUAGCGUUAUCGCCAACCGUGGCCGGAACACAAGCAUGACGCAAUUGCCAUACACACGCACACAUGCACAUGAUUUUAAGAAAAAAAAAAACGUUUUCAGUUAACUCUCCUUCAUAAACAGCACCGUAUGCUUUAAAGUUUAAACUCUACAUGUUUGACAUUUUCAUUACCCAUGUUACAUUUAACAACUUCUGUGAGAAAUUUGGAAGUGCACUCAAGUUUUUAAAAUCAUGUCGGAUAAAUGUCGUGAAAUCGCUGAAGCAGGCCAGAGCGCUGGCCCAGUGCCCUGCUGCAGACUGUCACCUUACUCCAAAUGCAUAUAUGCAACAUCUGCUACAUUUCAAAGUGGGUGAUUUUGAGAGAAAAAAAAAGUGAUUUGUGUUGUGCAAAUAAAAAUAAUUUUGUCAUCAAAUUUACAAAAUA